AUGCCCCCAGACCCCACUGGCAUCCACGCACCUACUAUCGUGCGGAGCGAGGAACGGGAAGCUCAGAGCUCCGCGGGGCUUCCUGGUGGCCAGCAAUCUAGAGACCCGAAGCUUCUGGGCCCCGGCGACGGGGCUGGCACGACCCAGGGGGCGGUCCGUGCCAGCCCGCCCAAAGCACAGAGGGUCCUCCGGCCAGCGCCUGGGGAGUGGGCUAUUCGGACCAUUGGACAGAAGCCCAAAGAGCCAAAUUGUCCCAAUUGGAGAAACCAGACAGAUUGGCCUGAUACCCAAAUUGUCCUCGAGGCGCCCCAAAUUACCUGCCCACUCAGCCGGAUGCCCCCCACCCAGGGUUCUGUUUGCCUCUAUCGGGCGGGGGCUCCGGGGGCGGCGGCCGAGGCGCCUCUGUGUCCCCCAGUGAGCUGCUCUCAGUGGGUCACCACCAUCGCGACCCGGGCCCCUUCCAACCUCCGUGCCUGUUGUGGCCCUUCAUCGUGUCUCUUCCCCGAGUCCCCCCAAGCUGUCUUCAGCGGGACCCCCUCUUGGGUCUCUGCACCAUCAUCUGAGGACCCCCACGCGCGGAACACCGAGUGUCACCUUGCCUGCCGCCAGUCCACCCCGCGGCUGUGUUCGCCUCCGUUCGCCCCUAACAUGCUGUUUCUGGCAGAAUCCACAGCUUGGGUUUUGUCUUUAACCUGUAACGCUCGCAUUCCCAAUAAAGCAUUUAAAUUUGGUCGACGAGGCCCAGGGCCCCACCAGCCACUGGACGCUGCUGCUGUCCAGCCUCCAGUCUCCGCUCCAACCACUCACCACGUGCGCCUGGACGAGCUUGCUCUGCAGGCCCGCUUCGCACAGACUGGAAGCUCUCUCUCCCGGGCCUCCUGGCGCCUGCUCUACCCUGGUGACCCCCGCACCCUCGCCAUCACAUGCCGUAACCACGGGUGCAUCGUCACGCCUGCCAUCGGGUCCUCCCAAGCUCUCCGGAGCUCUCGGUGGAGCCCCAGUGCAGAGCCGGCUGGAGAGAAGGCCCUGGAGGGUGUGGGGAUGGACCCCAUCAUACCAACCCCUGGGGACCCCUUGCCACCCAGCCCCAUCUGUUCUCCGCCUCCCUGGAGGCAGGCCUCCUUGCCGGCCCGCCCACGUGGCCCUGGUCCCCGGCCUCAUCCCUAA